AAGUAUUUUUUUUAAUAGAAAAAAUAAAAAGUAAUCCAACUUCUAGUAGUAGGGCAUGGAUUCCAUGGUACUAUUACCUUGAAAACAACAUUUUAAAAUGAAUGAAAUAUAAUUUCUGAUAAUGGAUGGGUAUAAAUGUGUUUUUUCCCCUUUUUCGAUCAAAAGAAAAUAGAUUGACGAUGGGAUUACCAAAUGCGAGCGGUGACUUGUCUACUGAAGUUGAGGUAGAUGCUUUCAGACGCCUCUUUCCCCUUCGUUUCUACGAGAAACAUCUUUUAGAGUCUAUACGUCCUGAUGCUCGUCCGCUUGGAAGAGCAAGAGAAACCACCAUUGCCCCUGGGGCUGUUGCAUCUGCUAAUGGUUCAGCACUUGCAAAAAUUGGUUCAACUACUAUGUUGGCUGCUAUCAAAAUGGAGGUCAUGACCCCUUCAUUGGAAACACCGGAUGAGGUUGUAUAGGUUUGCUGCCCGAUUGAUUUCCACAUGCCUCCAAUUUGUUCUCCAAUUGUUAGGCCUGGCCGACCGGCUGAGGCAGCACCAGUCGUGGCAAAGCAAUUGUCAGACACUAUUUUAAGCUCUGGCAUGAUCAAUUUGAAGGAACUGUCCGUGGUUAGUGGAAAAGCUGCUUGGAUGGCAUAUUUGGACAUAUACUGUUUGGAUGCUGAUGGUGCUCUUUCUGACACUGCAUUACUCUCAGCUGUUGCUGCCUUUUCUCAUUUGGAAAUCCCGGUGGUAUCUCUCAAUGACGAUGGAAAGAUCGUUUUAUCAGAGGAACAAGGACUAUCUGACAGGGAACCAGUCAAUAAGGAGAAGAGAAAAAUUAAUCUGAGCAGCAUUCCGUUUUCAUUGACAUGUGUACUUCACAAGAACUACAUUUUGGCAGAUCCUACUGCCGAGGAAGAAUCUAUUAUGGACACGAUUGUAACCGUGGUUUUAGAUUCAUCUAGUCAACUCAUCUCGCUUCAUAAACCAGGUGGAACAGUUCUAGCAUAUACAUCAGCUAAUGGACCAAAAGCUUGGAACUAAAAAUUACAUUAACCCUCGAAAUUAUAUUGUUAAAAUUAUGGUUAAUGUAAUUUUUUACCCCUAAACUCUGCAAUUAAGUCCACUUUAGUAUCUAAACUUUUUUUUAUCCACAUUAGUCUUGGAACUUGGCAGCUUUUUCCAAUUUGGUCCCUAAAUUGGGUUCCAUUAAGGUGUGAGCAUAACACUCUAAGAUUGUGCCACUUCUUCAAACAAUCUCCAAGUGUCUCGUUAUCACACUUUAUGAAAAUCAACUUGCAAUGACCAAAAUGGAAAAAGUUGCCAAGUUCCAAAACUAACAUGGGCCAAACAAAUUGCAAAGUUCAGGAGCUAAAAUUUAUAUUAACCCUUAAACUUAUACUGAACUAAUGGACCAAAAGCUUGAUAUGAAAAUAACUUUUCCAUGGAUGCAGGACUGCAUUGCAUUAACACGGCAAAGAGUGAAGGAACUUCAAAAGAUUCUAGAUGAAGCCAUUUCUGGUAUGAAGGUUGACUAAUCUUGCACCUAUUAAUUUAAUGUUAAUAAUUUAUCUUUUCUUAAUUAUUGUUGUUUGUUCUAUUGCGUUUGUUUAGUGACAUUAUUAGUUCAGGGACUGGUUGUGGAGGGUGUAAUGAACCAAUUCUUGUAUGCUUAAAAGUGGCAAAUUUUGUUUAUUGCCUUUUGGUAUGUUAAAAAUGUUCCCUUUUUGUUCUAUAGAAUUUCUUGAUGUUGAAAGUAUAUGCUAAGUCCCUCUG